AUGAAGGCUUCCUGGUCUCUUGCGGCGCUCGCUGCUCUCACCUCCAAGGCCGUUGCGUCUAGCGACUGCCACUGCCUGCCCGGCGAUAGCUGCUGGCCCUCGGCAUCCAGCUGGGAGUCCCUGAACAGCACCGUGGGUGGCCGCUUGGUUGCAACGGUUCCCAUCGGUACCCCUUGCCAUGAUCCGUCCUACAAUGGAACCGCCUGCACGGACUUGCAGAACAACUGGUACUACCCGCAGACACACUUUGUCUCCUCUUCGUCGGUGAUGCAACCCUACUUUGCCAACCAGAGCUGUGACCCUUUCAGCUCUGAGUCCAAGCCUUGCCUGCUGGGCAACUAUGUGAGCUACGCCGUCAACGUCUCCUCGACCGAUGAUGUCGUUGCCGCGAUUCAGUUUGCCAAGUCCAACAACAUUCGUCUCGUUAUUCGGAACACUGGUCAUGAUUACCUUGGUCGCUCUACUGGUGCUGGUGCUCUGUCCGUCUGGACGCACUACCUGAACGAUGUCGAAAUCAAGGACUGGUCGGAUUCCACCUACCAGGGCAAGGCUGUCAAGUUGGGCAGCGGUGUGAUGGGCUACCAAGUGCUCGAUGCCCUGUACGGCAAGGGACUCGUGGUCGUCGGCGGCGAGUGCCCUACCGUCGGUCUGGCCGGUGGAUACACCAUGGGUGGAGGUCACUCCGCCCUUAGCACUGCCUUUGGUCUGGGAGCUGAUCAGACCCUGGCUUUUGAGGUGGUCACCGCGUCGGGCGAUGUCAUUACCGCCUCCCGUACCAACAACACUGAUCUCUACUGGGCUCUCAGUGGCGGUGGUGCUGGUAACUUGGGUGUCGUGACCUCCCUCACAGUCAAGGCCCAUGAGGAUGCCACCGUGUCGGGUGCUGGAGUCGAAUUCACUGUGGCCAACAUCACCACUGACCUCUUCUUCGAGGCCGUGGCUCGCUUCCACACUUUGUUGCCCGCUAUGGUCGACGCCGGUACCACCGUGAUCUACGAGAUGACCAACCAGGUCUUCCUCAUCAACCCCCUGACUGCCUACAACAAGACCUCCGCUGAAGUGAAGACCAUUCUGUCGCCCUUCCUCUCUGCUCUGACCGAGCUGGGCAUCGAAUACACCGUCUCCUACACCGAGUACGCCUCAUACUUUGAGCACUACGAGAAGUACAUGGGUCCCCUUCCCUACGGUAACCUCGAGGUGGGUACCUACAACUACGGCGGUCGCCUUCUUCCCCGUGAGACUCUGGAGUCCAACACCACCAACCUUGUCGCUGCUCUCCGUAACAUCACCUCCGAGGGUGUCAUUGCCGUGGGUGUGGGCUUGAACGUGACCCACUCCAACGACACCACCAACGCCGUCUUCCCGGCCUGGCGUAACGCCGCCGUGACCAUGCAGAUCGGCUCUCCCUGGAACGAGACUGCCCCUUGGUCCGAGAUGGUCGCCAACCAGGAACACAUCGCCAACAGCUACGUUCCUCAGCUCGAGGCCGUCACCCCUGGCUCCGGUGCCUACGAGAACGAGGCCAGCUUCCGUCAGCACAACUGGCAGGAGGCCUUCUUCGGGGAGACCUAUGCCAAGCUGUGCGAGAUCAAGGAGAAGUACGAUCCGGACCAUGUCUUCUACGUGCUCAAGGGUGCGGGCAGUGAGUACUGGUCGGUGGACGAAUCGGGACGCAUGUGCAAGACGGAGCAGUCCUGCUCUGCUUAA